AAGAAAUACUACUGAUGACACUUGGUUACUCAUUGAAAACUAUCACUGGUCUUUCCCAGCAAAUGAUAGAGUCAUCGUUUUCUUGUUCUUUCUAUUUAACAGGUAGCGAGUACGGUUAUAGUUUAAAGAGAAAAAAAAUAUCUCUGUGAUUGGAAGAAAUCUUAAAUUAUUAUGGAUCGUCGAGAAGACACUUGAGUAAAUAUUCGAUUUAAUGUGUUGCAUCUUUACCUGGUUACUUCUUCCGGAGCAAAAAUCAAUAUUUUUACGAUCAUCUCUUCUUCUAGGUUUGAUGUUGCGGGGAAAAAUUUGCUCUUGAUUUAAAGUCACUGAAUUCAGUUUUAGAAUUAGACAUCUGGCAAUUUAUACGAAACUAAAUCUUUGGUUUAGUGAUUUCUUUGCGUUUCUUAUGAAAGAAAACUACUGGAUGUGAAAGUAGAACUAUCCUGUUUCAGUUUACCGAAACACUUUAAGCUUAACCAACAAAGAAGAUUAUUGAAAGAAGAUUUAAGAAAUAGGACACGCUUUCUUAGAAAAAAAGAUUCUUUUAAAGAAGGAAAGGAAUUUUUUAAUAUAAACUUCAAAAAAUGCUUUUUUUUAAUGAAAAUAUUUUUUCUUAAAAUUGAAAGUGACGAAAAAAAACUAAGUUGUUGAAAGACGGUCGCUGUUCAAAGCACACAUUUGUAUGGAUUAAAAGUGUGAAGGUUUAUUCCUUUUUGAUGUGUUUCAGGCAAAAAAACAAUAUAGUCAUCUCAACUAGAUAAAAAAUAACUUUUCAGUUAAUGUUUUUUUAAUCCAAAGGAAAAGCUUGAAGUAUAAAUUUCGAUAAUUUAUAAUCUCUACUUCUGAAAGCAACAUAUUCUGAAAAUUUGCCAAGGGAAGAAAAAUUUCGAAAUAAAAUUUUGAAAAGAAGUAUUUAAAAUAUUGUCAGUCUGAAAAAAAACUUCGUGAGAAAUAAAUGGUUUGUACUAUUGGCAAAGAAAAAAGCUUGCAUCGCGACAGUAAAUAGUCAAUUUUAUUUUAAACUCUCCCAGGAAAAUUCUCUUAAUUUAGAAAACUAAUUAACAUUAUAAAAUAAAGGGAAAGUUUAUAAAAUAUUCAAAAGUUAUCAAAGUAGAAAAUGAAAGCUUUACACGGAUCCAGUCAAGCGAACUGAACAAUAACUCCAUUUCUCAGUUGUCAUGGAAACGGGCCUGCGCAAAGCAUCGCACGGAGUACCGUUCUUCAGUGGGCAAUCCACGUGUUGCUCGUAUAUAGUGUUCAAGAUCACGAUGCAAAAUCUUUCCAACAAUGAUCGCUGCGGUAGGUAGGCUUUCCCCCCGCGCAAGUUCCGACGAAACAUUAAUUAUGUUUUGACACCUUUUCACGAAUAUUUUUUUUAUUUAUUUACAUAUAUUUUAUAUGUUUAAAUCAUUUUAUACUUUUUGGAUGAUAAUGGAAUUCUGCAUUUGUUAAUACAUUCCAAACGAUUUAUCAAUGAUGAAAUUAAGGCACAGAGUGAUUGCUAUAUUUGCAUGCAUUGCACUUGGACUAUUUGUAAUUUUUGUGUUCGAAAGUGAGCUGCAGUACGCUGGAAGUGCAAACGAUAAUAAUGAGGUGCAUGGAAAGCAUGAUUUUAUUCUGCACAGACGAUUCCUUAACAGGGAAGAAACUUCUAAAGUUUCUGGAGAAUUUAACAAUAAUCAACAAAUUAAUUUGAUUGCACCACCAACAGCAAAGCCAAUGAAUGCGACUAAAUCAACUACUUCCACGCCAAAGCCGACAGAGAAAGCCGAAGACAUGUUUUGGGAUUUAUUUCCAUACACAAUUUAUUCGCCAAAUUGGAGGGUUUAUAUGGAAUGGCCCCCUCAUUAUUCGUUACCACCGGAGAACCCUACUUUAGAAGACGUUUUGAAAGUUCGAAUGAGGCCGAAUAUGACAACGUGGGAAAGGUUCCACUUACAAAUAUCAAGAUAUAGCCUGUAUCCAGAAGAUUCCCCUGUAGUGAAAGAUCUUUUGCAUGAAAUGGCAUCAGAGAGAAUUGUUAAUUUAGAGCAACUACCUGGGGGAACGCAGUUAAAACUAGUCUUUACGUAUGAAAGCGGAGCUAAAGCACUUUUCAAGCCAAUGAGAUUCCCGAGAGAAGUUGAGACUUUACCAAAUCAUUUCUAUUUUACUGAUUAUGAAAGGCAUGUUAGUGAAAUUGCCUCUUAUCAUCUGGACAGAGUUUUUGGAUUUAGAAGAGCUCCUCCAGUUAUAGGAAGAACAGUCAAUAUCACGGAAGAACUGUAUCCAUUAGCUCCACCAGAACUAUUUAAAACAUUUUUCAUUUCUCCAGCUGGAAACGUGUGCUUUCAUGGACAAUGCACGUAUUAUUGCGACACUGGUCAUGCCUUUUGUGGUAAUCCAGACACAAUUGAGGGAAGUCUUGCUGCCUGGCUACCUCCAAGGAACAUCUUGGAUAGACGUCCGCUAAGAAGUCCUUGGAGAAGAUCGUACAAUAAGCGUAGGAAGGCUGCGUGGGAAGGCAGUGACUAUUACUGCAUCAGAGAAGUCAAAUCAAAACCACCAUACAAAUAUGGAAGGAGGCUAUAUGAUGCAAUGGAUUGUGCAGUCUUUGAUUUCUUGACUGGUUAGUAGUUCAUGAAAACAAAU